GGCAUUGAUUUGAGUGCUGAGUGCUAAGCUAACCCAACCCGCGGUGCCAACCAAUAUUCCUCCAUACACCCACCUCCCUUCCUGCUCCUACUUUCCAUGUCUUUAAACUUGCACACAACGUGCUUGAUAAAUUGCCCAACUGAAAAAGUAGAAGCCAGCCAAUUUGAAACCGAGAUUGGUAGAUUUGUUUACUCUGCUGCCGAUAUUCGAAACUGAACUGGAACCCAAAUGGAACGCUAUGAGAUACUCAAGGAUAUUGGGUCUGGGAAUUUUGGUGUUGCGAAACUUGUGAGGGAUAAAUGGAGUGGCGAGCUUUAUGCUGUCAAGUAUAUUGAGAGAGGUCAAAAGAUCGAUGAGCAUGUUCAGAGGGAAAUAAUGAAUCACAGGUCUUUGAAGCAUCCCAAUAUCAUAAGAUUUAAGGAGGUCCUACUCACUCCCACGCACCUGGCAAUCGUCAUGGAAUAUGCAGCUGGGGGAGAACUUUUUGAACGAAUAUGUAACGCCGGAAGAUUCAGUGAAGAUGAGGCAAGAUAUUUUUUUCAGCAGCUGAUUUCAGGAGUCAGCUACUGCCAUUCAAUGCAAAUUUGCCACAGGGAUCUUAAGCUAGAGAACACACUUUUAGAUGGAAGCUCAGCCCCGCGUCUAAAAAUUUGUGACUUCGGCUAUUCCAAGUCAUCAGUGUUGCAUUCCCAACCAAAAUCUACCGUUGGAACGCCAGCCUACAUUGCACCAGAAGUUUUGUCUAGAAGAGAAUAUGAUGGGAAGAUUGCAGAUGUUUGGUCUUGUGGGGUCACUUUAUAUGUGAUGCUGGUUGGAGCUUAUCCUUUUGAAGAUCCUGAAGAUCCAAAGAACUUCAGAAAGACGCUCCAGAGGAUUCUUAAUGUCCAUUACUCAAUACCACACUAUGUUAGAAUUUCAUUGGAAUGCAAGCACCUUCUGUCUCGAAUAUUCGUAGCAGAUCCAGAAACGAGAAUAACAAUCCCAGAAAUCAAGAAGCACCCAUGGUUCUUGAAGAACUUGCCUGUAGAGUUCACAGACGAAGGGCUGGGAGGAAUGCAGAGUAAUGGAGAAAGCGAUGCGUCACAGGGUAUUGAAGAGAUCCUAUCCAUAGUUCAAGAGGCUAGAAAUCCAGGAGAGGGGCUCAUAGUUGGAGGGCAAGGGCAGUUUGUUGGGGGCAGCUUGGACAUGGAUGAAAUGGACACAGAUCUUGAUAUCGAUGAUUUGGAGGCAAGUGGUGACUUUGUUUGUGCCUUGGAGUGCUAGUCGUUUUCAAGAAAGGCAGGCCAACUUUAGCCAAACAAAUAAAAAUGGAAUGAAUGGUUGGGCUUGGGAAUUAAAUUCUCUUAUUUAGUGGGAUGAUGAUGUGUAUUGCUGUGCGUUGAAGGUUUCUACGUUUGUCUCUUUGAGAUUGUGCAGAGUCCAUUAGAAACACUGUAAAUUUAUGUAGCAGCUUUAAUAAUGCAGUUUUCUACCUCUCUUUUUUCCAUCUUAAAGCCUAUGAGAAACUAAAAGUUUCCGCU